AUGGAGGAAGAAGAUUUAGAAGAAAAUAGUAUGGACAAAGAUUAUGAGAAUGUAAUUUCUCUGAGAGAACAUUUAAUUAAAUGCAGUGAUGCAUUAGCUUCCAGCGAUGCAUCGAAUAUGGCAUUAAAUGAAGAUAGCACAAUGGGUGGUACAUUGGAUCCUAGCUUGCCUAGUUCGAGUAAAGCAAACAAUUUUGAAGUUUGUACAGAAAGUAUACCAUGUGUUCCUGUGGAUGAUCAAAACAAUGAGUUGUUUGAUCUAGAUGUUACUGUUUAUGAUCAAACACAGUUUGAAAGUGAAGUUAUGAGUCAGGUAGAUAAAGCCAUGAAAGCGCAAGAAGAACAAAGAAGAAAGGAAGAAGUUGAAAGGGAACUGAAAUCAGUCCUGGAAGAUAUCAGGUUUGCUAAAAGGAGACUGAAUCACAUUGAAAAAGCUCUGUCCAUGGCUCCUAAAGACCCAGCAUUAAUGACAAAUGCUGCCAAAAGGGAAUUGACAUCAAUUCAAAAAGAACAAGAGAAUAAAAUGAAACAUUUGAAAAAACUAGAAGCUAAAGAAAAAGCUUUGAAAGCUUGCUUGUCUGGAAAUGUUGAAGAAAUAAGCAGUACAGUUGAGAGCACUAUAGAAAAUGAAGAAAUGGAUGAAGAGACUGUGUAUCAUUUAAAAAAAGUUUUUGCAGCAAAAGAAACUGAAGAGGAAAGAUUAAUACGUAUGGGAGAAAUGACGCCAUUUGGUUCAAUGGCAUCCUCUCAAAAUAAAAGUGCACCAAGGAAGAUAAUUAUGCCAAAUAACGAAUUGACAGAUUUUGAUAAGUUUUUACUCAAUGAAGCUGAGUCUCAUGCAAAGAAAAAGAGCACCAAGCCUUCGUAUAAACAAUCUACACCCUCUACCUCAAAAGCCUCAACUUCUAACGCCAUGUCUCCCAAAUCCGAAAGCUCAAAAUCUACUACUUCUUUUAACUCUCUAAAUUUGAAACUUGAUGGCCCUAAUUUUGAGAAAUCAGAAUCUGAAGAAUUUGUGGCUUUCACGGACUUGAAAGCCGUUUCUAGACAUAAGCGGAAAGUAAAAGUUAAGUUGGGUUCUAAACACGCUAAAGGGUUUUCGAAGAAACGUUCACUCAAAAGAAGUCUUGUAAAAAAUUAUCGCAGUGAUUCGGAUGUUAGUGAUGUCAACAUUAGUGAUGAGGAAGAUAUGGAUGGUUCGGAUGAAGAAUAUUUACCAGGAAAGUAUUCUGAAGAUGAUGAAGAAUAUACCAAAAAAUUGUCCAGUAAGAAGAAAGGAAAUAGUAGUGCCCAGAAAACAUUGCAUUUUUCUGAUGACUCAGAAACAGAGUCUGCUCGAGUUAGAUCCCCCACCAAGAAAAAAACUAUAGAUGAUGGGGAUCAAAAAGCAUUUAUUAAAAGGAUAAAAGCUCAUGAAAAAGCAGAACUAAUGAGAAAGCAUGAAAAAAUAUUAGAAAGUAAAGAUGGAAUUGUCGAAUCUGAUGAAGAAGAAUUUCACGAAUUUGAAGGCGAAUAUAAAAUUCCUAUUAAAACAUGGCAAAAACUUUACAAGUAUCAGCAAACUGGUGUUCGUUGGCUUUGGGAGCUUCAUCAAGAAAACUGUGGAGGGAUCAUCGGAGAUGAAAUGGGUCUUGGAAAGACCAUUCAAGUUAUUGCUUUUUUCAUUGGUCUGAAAUGCAGCAACUUGUUGACUGAUGGCGAUGGUUUCCGAGGCUUGGGACCUGUAAUUCUUGUGUGCCCAGCGACCGUCAUGCAUCAAUGGGUAAAAGAGUUUCAAACGUGGGCACCGUUGUUCCGAGUUGCAAUCCUGCACGAGAGUGGUUCGUUCAAUGGAAAAAAAGAAGUACUAAUACGUCAGAUAAAUAAAUGUAAGGGAGUUUUAAUUACAUCAUAUGCUGGUGUGGUUCAGCAUCAAACAACUUUAUUGGAACAUGAAUGGCAUUAUAUAGUACUUGAUGAAGGGCAUAAAAUACGUAAUCCUGAUGCUCAAGCUACUCUUGCUGUUAAACAGUUUCGUACUUCUCACAGAAUCAUUCUUUCUGGCUCCCCUGUUCAAAACAACUUGAAAGAAUUGUGGUCUCUCUUUGAUUUCAUUUUUCCUGGAAAAUUAGGAACACUUCCAGUUUUUAUGCAGCAGUUUUCUGUUCCAAUAGUACUUGGUGGUUAUGCUAAUGCUUCACAGAUUCAGGUACAAACAGCUUAUAAAUGUGCUACUGUUUUAAGAGACUCUAUAAAGCCCUAUUUGCUGCGUAGGAUGAAAUCUGAUGUGAAGAUGAGUAUUAAUUUGCCAAACAAGAGCGAACAAGUUCUGUUUUGUCAAUUGACUGAAGAGCAAGCUAAUUUGUACAAAGGCUACAUAAACUCCAAGGAAGUUGACAGCAUUCUAAGUGCACGCUUACAGGUUUUUGUUGGCCUUAUUAAUCUGAGAAAAAUAUGUAAUCAUCCUGAUAUCUUUGAUGGAGGCCCUAAGAUAUUCAAAGACACUGACCUAAGUCUUCUGAGUGAAGAAGAAAAAUAUGGAUACUAUAAAAGAUCAGGGAAAAUGAUUGUUGUCGAAGCUUUGUUACGUUUAUGGCACAAACAAAAGCAUCGAGUUUUGCUUUUUACACAAAGUAGACAGAUGAUGGAAAUAUUAGAAAUAUUUGUAAAAAGCAGAGGAUAUACGUACAUGAAAAUGGACGGUAGUACAUCAAUUUCUUCAAGGCAGCCAGCAAUCACCAAAUUUAAUUCUGACAAAAACAUUUUUGUGUUUUUACUCACCACACGUGUGGGAGGGCUUGGAGUGAAUCUGACAGGAGCAGACAGAGUAGUAAUUUAUGAUCCAGAUUGGAAUCCAAGUACAGAUGCUCAGGCUCGGGAGAGAGCUUGGAGGAUUGGACAAGAAAAACAAGUUACUAUCUAUCGCCUUCUCACUGCAGGAACCAUUGAAGAAAAGAUAUAUCAUAGGCAAAUAUUCAAGCAGUUUGUUACAAACAGAGUGUUAAAGGAUCCAAGGCAACGUCGUUUCUUCAAGAGCAAUGAUUUGUACGAACUUUUCACUUUCAGUGAAGUUGGAAAACAAGGUACAGAAACAAGUGCAAUUUUUGCUGGGACGGGGUCUGAAAUCAAAGUAAAGAAAAAAGUACAUGCCCCGCAACAACAGCCCUCACAAGCUGAGAAAGAUUCUGCUGUCCAGCCUCAAAAAGCCGAUGCAUCAGCUGUAAAAUUCAGUGCAGAAAAAUUGGAAAAAAUGAAACAACUGGCAAGGAAACUAGCUUCAGAGAUUAGUAUGAAAAAGAGUGAGCCUUCCACUGUUACAGAAAACCCGUUGCCAGGGGUGAGUGAAGAAAGUAAGAAAAAGUCUGAUACUCCUGAUGGUAAAAAGCAUAAAAGUCAGGCAUCAUCAGAACAAGUUUCGAAAGAUAGUCCAAGGAAACGAGCUAAGAAAAGAAAGGCUUCAAGGGUUGAUGGUGAGAAAAUUGACUUUGUGGUAAAAACAGACACUUACAAACCACCUCAAGAUGAAUCUGAAUUGAAUGCUACGCAGGAUGAUUAUGUUCUUAGCAAAUUGUUUAAAACUUCAGGUGUUCACACUGCACUGAAGCACGAUGCUAUAGUUGAUGCUUCCAGUGCUGAUUAUAUGAUAGUGGAGGGUGAAGCAAAUAGAGUAGCAAAAGAAGCAGUCAAAGUGUUGAAAGAGUCACGUCGCUUUUGUGCGAGGGCUGCUGAAGGAAUACCCACGUGGACUGGCCAAAAUGGAGGAAAAAGGCUACUAUUUGGGCAAAAGAAAAGCCGUCCAGUCUCUGCAGCUUCUAACAGCAGCCCUAACAGUAAGGCUUCUAGCAGCAGUGCUUCACAAGGGAAGAAAAAAGAGUUCUUUAGUGGGAAGAAACCUAAAAACACAGACCUUUCUUCCAGUGAUGUUCUGUCAGCAAUUAAGAAGAGAAGCGUUGUAUUUGGUACUGAUAUGCAAAGUGACAGUGAUGAGGAGUCUUCAACACAUACUCCAACAAAUACAUGCGCCUCCCCCAAAUCUGUCGAGUUACUCGAUGAAAUCAGGAACUUCAUUGCUUUCCAGUGUGCAGUAGAUGGAGAGGCAACGACCAGUGAAAUUCUUGCUCACUUUCGUGAGAGAGUGCCAGCUUCACAGAGCCCUGUGUUUAAAUCCUUGCUUAACAACAUAUGUGAUUUUCAUAGAACUAGUGAUGGGAGAGGGGUGUGGAAGCUCAAAGAGGAUCUGCGUUAA